AUGAAGGUACUUCAAAUAUGUUUAAUUAUACAAAUUUUCAAGUUGAAAGCGUUACAGGCCAUUAUACCGGAAUGCAAUUUAAAUCCUUGCGAAGUGUUAGAAAUGCUAACUUUAGGACGUCGUACAGGAGAUCCAAAGAAUAUCGGAUUAUGCACAAAUGACAUGCAAUGGAGGCGAUUAGAUCGACGACUGCGCGCUAUGGAGCAACCUGCAUGGACAAUAAGUUUAGGCCAGUCCCGUUGGCGCCAGUGUGCAAAAAGUGUAUGCCGAUGUGAUGCAGUACAUCGAUCAUUAAAUUGCUGGCGUGCUGGAAUAACGGUGCUGACUCCUGACAUAAUCAUACCUGCCGAUCUGCACACUAUUGACUUGGGCACUAAUAAACUACGAACAUUACACAAAACUACUUUUAAAGAUAUGCGGUCUCUAACGGAAUUGGAUAUGUUCGACAACCAUUUAGAAUAUUUACCGUCAAGCAUAUUUGAUUCGUUGAUCAACUUACGAAUAUUGCGCUUGCAAAGAAAUUACUUAGAAGAAAUCGAUAGCGAAACUUUUCGAUGGGCAAAAAAUCUUUUUCAUGUCGAUUUAUCCAAUAAUUUGUUACAUACAUUGCCUGAACGCCUUUUCGCUAAUAAUUCAUUUUUAGAAACAAUAGACAUUUCGAACAACCAAAUAGUUUAUAUACCUUCUGACACUUUCAUGGGAUUGGAGUCGUUACUGAUAUUAGAUCUUUCAAAAAAUAAAAUACAGGAAAUAGAAAAUUGGACUUUCCCUAUGAAGAAGUUACAAGUUUUAAAAUUAUCAGAAAACAAAAUUAGCAACAUAACGGAUAAUGCCUUCAAAAAUCUGUUUUCUUUAGAAACUUUGCUAUUGUACAAAAAUAAAAUAAAGAAAAUUCCACCAAAAUUAUUUUCUAAUCUAAAAUCCCUAACUUUUUUGGAUUUAUCGAACAACAAUUUAAUAAGCUUUACAGGACUUGAAUUUCAAAACCUACAUCUACUACGUAAUUUGGAUUUGAAGGAAAAUUUCUUGACGCAAAUACCUAACAACACGUUCGCUAACUGCACUAACUUGGAGACCCUUGACUUAUCAAAAAAUAAAUUAAGGUUUCUUAAUGCCUCUACGUUUCGAGGGUUAGAAAAACUAAUUUCACUUGUACUGUCUGAAAACCAGCUCUAUGAAGUUCACUUCAAGACAUUUUCAACGUUAAAGAAUCUAACAACAUUGUAUAUAGACAACAAUAUGUUUCCCUCGUUACCGUCGCGUACUUUGGAUUAUAUGCCAAAGCUAGAAAAUGUGAAACUAUCAAAUAACCCUUGGCACUGCGACUGUCACACCCUGUACAUAUCAGCUUGGGUGCGCUUAAACGAAAUGAAAAUUUGGGACUAUUCUCCAACAUGUGUAUCACCGUGGUAUCUCGAAGGUCACUUUCUGAAAAAGCUUAAAUUUCCUGAACUGUGUUCGGGACAAUGGGCAAGCAUGGUUAACCUAUCGCCCCGUCUUCCCAUGCAACAACUUUUGGCUCUUAAUGUCACCGUUAAUCGGAAACCACAAAGAAUGGAGGAUGAUGAAGAUGUAACUUCUGAUGAUCAAUGGAAAUAA